CACCUGACUAAAACAAGUCAUGUUGCUCUCCUAUAUGCUAGUCGUAAAUACUCGAGCAGCAUGUUACAUGCACAAUUAACGAAUUCAAAACUUUCAAAGAAGAUAUUUAGUCUACCAGAGGAGAUGCAUGUUAAUCAUUUUAGCUGUGGGAGAUUUGUGGCGAACGCAGCUAGCUAGCUAGUUAAAUAAUUCUCUUCUGUUGUCUCUCCUUUUAUUGUGACUGUUUGGAGAAUACAGGGAUAAAAAUGUCUCAGUCCGCAGCUACCUCCAUCAGUGGGAUCCAGAAGAUGGUUCUGUAUGAAACCAGAGCCAGGUAUUUUUUGGUGGGGACCAAUCAGGCGCAGACCAAACACAGAGUCCUGAAGUUUGAUCGCACAGAACCCAAGGACCUGGCUAUAAUUGACGAUAAGCAUGUGUACAGUCAGCAAGAGGUUCGGGAGCUGCUGGGCCGCCUGGACCUGGGCAACCGCACCAAGAUUGGUCAAAAGGGUUCCUCAGGCCUGUCCAGGGCUGUCUCCGCCUUUGGCAUUGUGGGGUUUGUACGUUUCCUCGAGGGGUACUACAUUGUGUUGAUCACCAAGCGCAGAAAGAUGGCUGACAUCGGUGGCCACUCCAUCUACAAAAUUGAAGACACCAGCAUGAUCUACAUCCCCAAUGACUCGGUCAGGGUUACACACCCCGAUGAAGCAAGAUAUGUGCGGAUCUUUCAGAACGUGGAUUUAUCCAGCAAUUUCUACUUCAGCUACAGCUAUGACCUCAGCCAUUCGCUGCAGUACAACCUGACUUUGCUGCAGAGGCCUUAUGAAUUGUGGUCGUCCCCUAUCUCUGCUGAGGAAGAGCUGCACACACAGAGCAAGCAGGACAGCUUUGACAUCUUUGAAGAUGAGGGUCUGCCUACUCAAGUUGUUUACGGUCUCCAAAAUGAGCCAUACUACAAGUACGUGUGGAACGGGAAGCUGCUGGAACGAGUCAAGGACAUAGUGCAUCAUGACUGGCUCAUGUAUAUAAUCCACGGCUUUUGUGGCCAGUCCAAGCUUCUGAUAUACGGUCGACCGGUUCACAUCACCCUCAUUGCCAGGCGCUCCAGCAAAUUUGCCGGGACGCGCUUCCUCAAAAGAGGAGCCAACUGCGAGGGCGAUGUGGCUAAUGAGGUUGAGACGGAGCAGAUCGCCCAUGAUGCCUCGGUUAUGUCUUUCACAGCAGGAAGUUACUCCUCAUACGUCCAGGUGCGAGGUUCAGUCCCGCUCUACUGGUCUCAGGACAUUUCCACCAUGAUGCCAAAACCCCCAAUACGAUUGGACCAAGCCGACCCAUACGCGCACGUAGCUGCUCUCCACUUUGACCAGAUGAUGCAGCGGUUUGGCUCUCCUAUCAUCAUCCUCAACCUGGUCAAGAAACGGGAAAAGAGGAAACAUGAGAAGAUUCUGAGUGAAGAGCUCUACCCGGCCGUGAUCAACCUAAAUCAGUUUCUCCCUCCUGAAAACUGGAUCGACUACAUCGCCUGGGACAUGGCCCGCUACACCAAGAGUAAGUUGUGCAACGUUCUGGACCGUCUGAGUAUGAUCGCUGAGAACGUGGUUAAGCGAACGGGUUUCUUCAUUAAUCGCUCCGACUUCUACUGUCACACCAUCCGACCAGAUGACAGGUGGGGAGAUUUAGGGGGACACAUCACAGCCACUGGACGCGUGCAGACGGGUGUGUUGCGGACCAACUGUGUGGACUGUCUGGAUCGGACCAACACCGCCCAGUUCAUGGUGGGGAAGUGUGCACUGGCCUAUCAGCUUUAUGCUCUGGGAAUGAUUGACAAGCCCAAACUCCAGUUCGAUACGGACUGUGUGAGGUUGUUUGAGGAGCUGUAUGAGGACCACGGAGACACUUUGUCACUGCAGUACGGCGGCUCCCAACUGGUCCACAGAGUCAAGACCUACCGCAAGAUCGCUCCCUGGACACAACACUCCAAAGACAUCAUGCAGACACUGUCGCGCUACUACAGCAAUGCUUUCUCAGAUGCUGACAGACAGGAUGCCAUCAACCUGUUUCUCCAAGUGUACCAGCCAUCAGAGUCCAAGGCACACCUGUGGGAGCUGCCCACUGACUUCUACCUGCAUCAGAGGAACAGCAUGGUCCUCCCUCAAGACAGACGCAGCUACACGUUAUGGUGGUCUGCCGGCAUCUUGUCCUACCUCCCUGUGGCCUAUGAUGAAGUCACCUGCGAGGACACCAUGAAGAAGGUCAAAGUGAAGAGAGUGAACCGCUUUGAGGAGAGUAUUGACAUCUACACAGAAUUCUUCAAACCUUAUGAACUUACCUCCUUUGAUGACACAUUCAGCAUCGCCAUGACCAACUCUGCAAGGGAAUUUAUGCCCAAGACGGUUGGAGUGGAUCCAAGCCCAUUCACAGUUCGCAAGCCAGAGGAAACAGGAAAGUCAGUGCUGGGCAACAAGAGCAGUAAGGAGGAGACGCUGCUUCAGAGGAAGACCGCCGCCAGCGCCCCCCCUCCCCCGAGCGAGGAGGCCAUCAGCAGCACAUCAGAGGACGACUCCGAGGACGACCGCGACGACGACGGCGGAUCCGUGUCCCAGCGCUCGACCCCGAUCAAACUGCUGACAGAGUCUGGAGAGAGCACUCGCACACAGGAGGAGAUGCAGCAGCAGUCAGCUAAGGAGCCAUAUGGACUCAACCUGGCUGAGUUUCCUGCUGAAAAAGACCUGCGGAUUUAUGAAAGGUUUGCACAUCUGGGCGAGAGCCAGCACAGAGUGGAAAGGACCGAGCACAUCAACGUAGCAAACAUCAUCUGCUUAGAGCCGGUGUCUUGCUUCCCGGAGGACAGCAUCUACGGCGUUUCUCCCCCGCAGGUCGUCAGAGACAGCCGCGAUGAGUUUGAGAGCCAUGUGAUGACGGGUCGGGGCCAGAUGAGGGGUCUGUGCAGGGAGGACGUGUUGAUGUACAGGGAGUACGUCAAGAACAGAUACAUGUGAGACAAAGAUAACGUGGACUGAUUGUGUUAUCUAUAUGCAAAUCCAGAUUAUCGGAUCCAAUCCAGUGACAGAUGCUUUCUUCCAUUUUGUAAAUCAAUUUUGCUUCAACCUUUUUCUGCUGGAAGUAGACUGUCCAUAAUGAAGAUAAUGGUGCAUGUACAGCCCGGGUGUCCUGUAUUAGGACUAAAUUACGCGGGUUGAUUUAUUAUUAUUUUUUAAAUCAAAGUCAGUUGUGUGUUUUAAUAGCUUCAAAUGUUAUCCAGUUACGUGCCUCAACAGGCUACCUACAUGGUGCUUUUUAUUUGUUCUGUGUCUUAGUUUCCAUUAAUCACAUUUUAAUUGCAACUCUUUUAAGAGUUUAUUUAACUAUAUGUACGUUUCGCACAUGUAAAUUGCUUUUCAGUAUUUUGAAUCUGUAAUGUUGGAACCAUUAUUAUGAUGGCAGGCCCAGAGAUUAUGAUGAGUGAUUCUUUAAAUUUAGAUUUUAUUUUUUCUAUUAAUUCCGGGGAUAUACAUUGUUCUUUUUUUAAUUUCUCUUAACAAGUAUUUGCAGUCUUAUGUUAUGUAAGGCAUACAUGCACUGUAAAUGUAUAUCCAGGUCAUUUUUGUCCCUUUUUUUUUGUCUGCAGACCAAACACAUGACUAAUACUUUGAAAUGGUGGCUUUUAUCAAAACCUCAUUCUUAGUUUACAAAACUGCACACUGAUUUUGUUUUGUCUGAUAUGUCAGUUGACUGUCAUGUAUACUAGUUCUAAAUUAAACAUUUAUUUAUUAA